GAGGCCACUGAGAGGAUCACAGUGCAUCAGUGUCAGCACCACGACGGUGGACGCAGUCUUCUUCCUUCUGAUUACUUUUAUCUGCAGCUACAACGCAAGACAUUAAAACAAAGAGACGGGCUGUUGAAGAAAAUGCCUAGAUUUGAACAUGGAGGCAGACACAGCGCUCACGGCGGCGUACAGGAUGCUGGACUUGGACAUUGACAAUAUCAAGUGGCCAGGAUCAAGGUCCACGGAGGCCAGUUUUUCCCUGAACCCAACAGGAGUCACUGCCCUGUCAAAAAGCCUCGGUUUUUCAGCAUCAGAAAAUGUGGGAAGGACCGCUCACGUCGAUUACUUCAAUAUAUCUACAGGCUCUGCGGCCCUCGGACCCUGUGCUGCAGCAGACACAAGCGGCAGCAUCCCACGCACCUGUCUGGAGGGCAGUCUGAGAGUGAGGGGUGCCCCUGAUUGGGCCACACUCACAGAGGAACUUGUAUGUGUGAAAGGAGAAGCACGUCGCAGUUCACAUGCUGGAUUCACAGAUGUGACAGCUUUAUUUUCAGAACCCACAGAAGACUCACUAACUAACGCACACCACAAUGCGUUUAGUCAAAUAAAACCUCACAGCAUGACUGUGGGUGCUGCGGAAAAUAUGGAACUUUCCUUGUGGGCCACCUUAAAGAAGAGCACAUGCAGCUUUGACAAUGUAACAGAUCUUCAAGGUCAUAAAGAUGGUGAUGAAGAAGAAGAGAGACUGGAUUCACACUGGGAUGCCACGAUGCAUGAAGGAGAUCAGGACAACUCUGACUAUGGAGAUCUACCAGAAUACAUCGUGGAUCUCCUACAUGACGACAACCAGCUGAUGCAUUUAGUGCAUCGGACCGCAGAACAAUUCAGGGACUCACUGUUGAGCGGUGACGACUUCUUAAAUGAUGCUGCCAUGACAACAGAACUACAGAGACAGGAAAACAAACUCAGUGCCAGAAAACUGAGCAGGAGAAAAAGACAAAGAGUAGAACUGCAGACACAGUCACAACAGGCACAAGUUGAAAACACACCUUUCAGGACGAAACGAUUCAGAGCAACAGUCGCUGACUCAGAAUCAGGGCCUCGACCUUCAGGUUUAUCCCACCUCGCAGCAGCUCCAGCCAGAAUUCUCCAGCUUCCUCCUUCCAUUCACUUCAUCACCAUCCCAGACAAUCCCGGCUGUGCUGUGGUCCAGACUGUGAAACUUUCACCUCCGGUUGUUCAGCUUCCAAUCCAGAACACAGCUGCUCCACACACGUACAUUUUAGUUCCAUCUACCUCACCCCCAAGUAAAUGCCAACUGCAGCCACUUUCACCAGUGGGUGGUGCUGUAGCACCGGUCCAGAUGAGUUCAUCACCACCAGGAUCUCUGUCGGACUCUGCUAGCAGAGCAAUGUCUCCCCGGCAGAUAUUUCCACUCCCACCCAGAAGUGAGACGUCACCGUGUAAAGAGUCAAGUUGUCCUCAGUCUCCCACUGUCCUCAAUGUUACGCAAGUUGUAAAGGAUUACAUCAGAGAAGUCAAAGCCCACAUGAAUCGCACCUGCCUGUGUAUCGAGGAAGGCCUCUCGUUGACCUGUCACUGUGUGGAUGUGCCAGUGAGCCAGAGAGAGAUGCUCUGCUCUGGGAAAAACACCAACAAAGAGCUAAGGAUCAUGGGAGACACAGAUCGGCAAAAAACCUUGUUGGAACGCAGUCAGAUUUUUAGAGACAUCCAUGGACACAACAAACGAUACAUCCUGCUACUUGGGAACGCAGGAAUGGGAAAAACCACCCUGAUAAAGAAACUGUUUCUUGACUGGUCCACAGACUGCAUCCCACAGUUUGACUUUGUCUUCGUUCUCGACAAGAAAGCUCUUUUUUUAACCAGACCCUGCUACAGUCUUCAGACCCUCCUUUUGAACCUUUCCUCUUUCGUCCCUCCCUGCCUGGACCCAGAUGCUGUUUAUGCUCAAAUCCUUGCAGCCUCGAAGCGUGUGCUCCUCAUCUUCGAUGGGUUUGAGGAGCUACGGGACUAUGAGAUUCUUAUUCAAACUCAGGACAGAGACUUGAUGACGUCGCUGCAGAAGGACAGUAAAGCAGGGAUGUUCACCGUGAGGCAACUUUACUCUGCCAUCCUUCAAAGGGCUCUUCUUCCAGACUGCACUCUUCUCCUCACAUCACGACCAAGAGGUGCUGCUAGCCAACUCUUGCGGAGGGUGAAUAGCAUCCUGGAGGUGUGUGGCUUUUCCACCUCAGACAUAGAGACAUAUCUGUCCAGGUACUUCACUGAUCCUGUCCUUCGAGCUUCUGCUUUGGACUGCCUGAAAAACUCCAGUUACCUACAUUUACUCUGCUGGAACCCUGGGCUUUGUCGUUUGGUGUGCAUGGUGUUGGAACACUCAAAGACUUUGGGUGCUCCACCAAGAACUUUAACAGAGCUGUGCCAUCAAGUCCUGUGUUUAAAAUUGGAGAAGAGUAAAAUGGAAACUCAAGUUCAGACACAAACAUCUCUGCCGUCUGUGAAAGGAAAUCAGAGUUUGAGUAAUAUUCAGACUCAGAUACGCCCUGACGCCCGCCGUCGCAGACAGAGAGCAAGAAAAAAUCAGACGAAAGAGAAAAAUGAGAUGGAACAGGAGGAGCGAAGGAGUGUCGGGCAGGAGGCCUGUGGAGUAGAGGAGAAGAACUUUAUGGACCAACUUAGCUCUUUAGCCUGGGAGACGGUCAAGGCCAACUCCUCCAUUCUUCCCACUGGACACACCUUAUCUGCCAAAUUCAAGGAUUUUGCUCUCAGAACAAGGCUUAUCUGCUCGCACCCUCUGAGAAAGGAGCCAGUUGUUCCAAAAGCCAAGGAGGAGGAGGCAGGAAGAGAUAACCCAGACAAAAAAGCAGGAGAUGAGAACCAAAACAAGAAGGGAAUCAGAGGCAGGAAAGCUUUUGAGAACGUCAACCCCAGCGAUGACUGUGUCCUGUUCUGGGCCAACCCCUUUCUCCAGAGUUACCUGGCAGGUGUUCAUCUGUCUUUGUCAAGGAAUGUGUCGGAGCGUCACUUCCUCCAGGCUCUGCCUGCUCUGUCUGGACCAAAGGGCCGUCGGCGACAUCAAAUAGAGGAGCAGGGGUUGACUCAGCGCUUCGCCGUCAGUCUGCUGUUCCACAACAGAACACUGCUGCAGAGACUCCUCUCCUUCACCAAAACGUCUUUCAAAAACACCGUCAGUAAGCAGACUCUCGUGGCCAAACAACUCCAAGGUCUAUUAUAUGGUGACCUGAGUCCAGCCCAGAUCCUGGAGGUUUGUCACUGUAUGCAUGAAGCCAGUACCACAUAUGGGGAGGGCAACCGAGGCAGCUGCAGCGCUCAACUGGUUUCUCACAUGGUGGAGAAUCUUCCAGCAUUCUUAUCUUUCUGUGGAAUUCCACUAAGACCACCAGAUGUGUUCACUGUGAAAUACAUACUUGAAAAGGGUGGAGCUCAAGGUCGAGGGUUCCGCCUGGAUCUGGAGGAUACUGGGAUCCAGGUUUCUGGGCUGAGGUCUGUGGUGGGGCUCAACAACAUCAAAACGUACAGGGCUUGCGUUGCUGAUGUGAUUGCGCUCUGGGAGCAGCUGGAGGAGUCUGGUGAGGAGGAGCUCCUCCAACAGGCAGUGUCCAGGUUGGAGCUGUACCCUCUGAAAAUCACACAGGUGUGUCACGUGGAGCACCUGGCAAAGCUGGUGGAUAUUCAUGUGCAUAAAAGGCUGUCGGACAGUUGCACCCAAUCAGAUUCCAUCUUGGCAGAAGGGGUACCAGCCAUCAGGGAACUACGCAAGCUGGAAUUUGAACUUGGCCCAGACAGAGGUCCCCUGGGUCUUCCCAGGCUCUGGGAGCUCCUGCCAGGCCUAAUGAACCUGCAGCACCUGGAUCUUGAGAACAACAAGAUAGGAGAUGGUGGAUCAGAGAUGUUGGCUAACACUCUGAUAACCCUCCCUUCCUUGGAAAUACUCAAUCUUUCUCAGAAUUGUAUAGGAGACCGAGGAGUGAAGAACCUGGCACCAGCCCUGAAGUCUCUACCCAAACUGCACAGUUUAAGUCUCUACAGCAAUAUGAUUUCUGAUGAAGGUGCAGAGAAGCUGGCAUCUGUUCUCCCACUCAUGGCUUCUCUCACUGACCUGGACGUGAAGUAUAACAAGCUGACUGAUGUCGGAGCAAUCAGUCUUGGAGCCAGUCUAAGAAACUGUCGAAACAUAAAAACCUUAAGGAUGUGGAACCAAUGUAUUCCCUAUGGAGUAUUUGAGCGGCUUAAGCAGCAGGACAGUCGCAUCCUGUGGCAUUAAAAAAAACAAAAAUAAAAGGACAGAAUCUCGAGCAAAGAAACAAAGUCAGGAAAUAAGUCAUGAUUUGCUGCUUUAUGAAAAAAAUAAUCAUCAUCAUGCACUGUGACAAAAUGGUAGCACACAUUCGAGAAACAUAUUUGCACUACAUUGUGUUGCCUACAUUGUUUGUUCAUUUGUCUGUUUUUUUUACAUACUGUUCAAUGUUUUGUUCCGUAGAAAUGUGACUUUUACUUUACCUGUGGAUUCUUUAAACUGUACAUUCUGCCUAUGACUUGAAGUAAAACGGUUCAACUUGCCCUAACCUACAUGCCCCUAAUGUUCUACUGUGUGGGUUUCACUUGUUUACUAAGUUUGACGGUUUAUGCACUUCUUUUUCACUUCCUUCUCUACAGGUUUCUCUUCCUUUUAUAAAAGACUGUUUUAUCAUAGCUAUGCUGUCCUGUCUUCAGCUUGUUGCACUGAUUAAUGUGAUUCUUUUGUUUGCUACAUGCUCUGUUUGGACUAGAAAAAAGUUUUUUAUUAAAGUUUAUUUAAUUUUUUAUUUCUUUUUAUUACUGCUGUCCAGCAGCACGGUAAAUAGAA